AUGGGAUUAAUCGCCCAUUCCACUAAGCUUCUUGUUUUCCUCAUUUUAUUGACUAACGUUGUUGUUUUAGCAGAUUGGUAUCAGCCUCGUCGUCUGGGAAGAGUUUUGCUUGCCGGCGGUGGCGGCGGUGCUUCCAACGGUGUAGGCGGGGGUGGAGGACUUGAUACCAUUCUCGGGGGCUCGCAGAAUGGUGGCAUCCUCGACGGGGGUGGAGGACUUGGUGGUGCCCUGUCUGGCAUUGGAGGUGGCGGAGUCGCAGGCGGUGGCAACGUCCUUGGCGGCGGUACAAUUAUGGGAUUCAGUUUAAGUGGUGGUGGUGGGCUUGGUUCCGGAGCUAGUGGGGGAGGUAGUAGCGGUGCUAGCGGUGGUGCAUGGGGAGUUGCCGGUGGCGGCGCCAAUGGUGGUAGCGGUAGCGGUAGCGGUGGCAAUGGCAAAUAA